GCACCCCGCGGCCAGCACCGGCCGUGGUGAGGAGCGCAGCGGCGCGGAGGUGUCCGCGGAGGAUGAUGGCGCCGCAGCCCCCCGCCGCGGUGUCGGGUCCGCUGGGCGCGCUGGACCCUACAGCUGAUGAGCGAACACGAGAUUUUGCUGAGUGCAGCAGAACUUGGUCUUCAGCAGGACAAUUUGAAAAAAGGAAGAAGACUUCGCUUUGGUUCACAGUCUCUCUGCUGGUAGUGUCUGUUUUCAUACUGACCAUAGGUCUGGCAGCUACUACAAGAACAGAAAACGUUACUGUGGGAGGCUACUAUCCAGGCAUCGUUCUUGGCUUUGGAUCUUUCCUAGGGAUCGUUGGCAUCUACCUGGUAGAGAACAGACGACAAAUAUUAGUAGCCUCCAUCGUGUUUAUCAGCUUUGGCGUGGUAGCAGCAUUCUGUUGUGCAAUAGUUGAUGGAGUAUUUGCAGCACGACACAUAGAACCCAGACCUUUGUAUAACAAAAGGUGCCAGUUUUAUUCAAGCGGAAUAGGAUUCCUAUAUGAUGCCUACCAGACAGAGGUGACAUGUUAUACCUUAAACAGCAGAUGCCAGCUGAAAGUAAAGAGUAACACAUGCUACUGCUGUGACCUGUACAACUGUGAGAAUUCAGAGCAGUCCUCCAGCUACUAUGAAUUUCUUGGUGUGAGCAGCUGCCAGGACGUGGUUCACCUGUACAGGCUGCUGUGGUCCUCCACAGUCCUCAACAUCAUCGGGUUGUUCCUGGGGAUUAUUACGGCAGCCAUUCUUGGGGCAUUUAAAGACAUGGUACCUCUGUCCCAGAUUGCUUUCAGUGCUACUGCACCUCCUCCUCAGAUCCUGUACAAUCCUGCCCAGCAGAUCCUGACAUACGCUGGGUUCUGUCCUUCUGCAGCAGCUAUAUCUACAUAUCCAUCCUACCCACUGCCUCUUCAGCCCACCAGCAAUUUUCCAGGAACAUCAUCUACUGACAUUUCUUUAUCAGAAGAAACUCAGCCUCCAUCUCAGUCCAGCUCCAGCUAUGGUCUUCCUCCCAAUGCUCCAGCCCUCUAUACACCGACUUACUUGUUGCCUGGAGAAAAGCCUCCACCAUAUGCACCAUAGAAUAAAGAAUUUAUUUUAGGUAGCUGGUAGGCUUUUAUUUGAUUUUUAAGAAACUUCUGGAAACUCUGCUGUACAGGCAGUUGACAUCCCAAGGAACCCACCACAGAGUGUGUUACGGCCACUCUGCUUUUACCCACAUCUCACUGUGAGCAGAGCAGAAACCUGGAAACCUAAGGGCAGGCACAUCACAGCGGGGUGAUCAGUCACCACCCACUUUGCCUGCAGUCAAAUGCAGCGUUGCUUCCUGGCAUGAAGUGUUUCCUUCUCAGAACACUGCAGAAUAACUUUUCUUCAAGACGAGAAAUGAGGAUACUCUCUGGAAACACGUUCUGCUUUCUUAAACCGAUAUAGAGGGGUUUAGCCUGUGUUGUCUGAGUGGGUAGUCAGGUGCUCUCUGAGGCAAUCAUUUCGAGUAGGAAGAGACCAGGUUUUUGUUUGCUUGUAGUAUUUAUUUAAUAACUGUUUUUGGUGAAAGUGUUGUACUAAUAAAGAAGUGUGGCAAUUAUUUUCCAAUAAAAUUGGCUGUGUAUAUUUA